CUCCGCCGCCGAGUGCAGUCACGUGAGCCGGGCUGCGGUGCCCCGGUCCGCGCCGUCAUGGUGGCCCCGAUGUACGGCUCCCCCGGCGGCCGCCUGGCCCGGGCGCUGACGCGGGCCCUGGCGCUGGCCCUGGUGCUGGCCCUGCUGGUCGGGCUGUUCCUGAGCGGCCUGACGGGCGCGAUCCCGAUCUCGGGGCGCCAGUGGGGGCCCGACGGGCCGGUCCCACCCGCCUCCCGCAGCCGCUCGGUGCUCCUGGACGCCGAGACCGGCCAGCUCCGACUGGUGGAUGGCCGCCACCCUGACGCCGUGGCCUGGGCCAACCUCACCAACGCCAUCCGCGAGACCGGAUGGGCCUUUCUGGAGCUGCGGACGAACGGCCGCUAUAACGACAGCCUGCAGGCCUACGCGGCGGGCGUGGUGGAGGCCGCCGUGUCUGAGGAGCUCAUCUAUAUGCACUGGGUGAACACGGUGGUGAAUUACUGUGGCCCCUUCGAGUACGAAGUCGGUUACUGCGAGAAGCUCAAGAACUUCCUGGAGACCAACCUGGAGUGGAUGCAGGAGCAGAUGCAGCGGAACAAGGGCUCUGCUUAUUGGCAUCAGGUGCGGCUGACCCUCCUGCAGCUGAAGGGUCUGGAGGACAGCUAUGAAAGCAGUGUGACCUUUCCGACUGGGAGGUUCACCAUCAAACCCUUGGGGUUCCUCCUGUUGCAGCUUGCUGGGGACCUGGGAGACCUAGAGCCAGCCCUGAACAAGACCAAGAGCAAGCACGUCAUGGGCUCUGGUUCGUGCUCCGCCCUCAUCAAGCUGUUGCCUGGCCAGAGUGACCUCCUGAUCGCCCACAACACCUGGAGCUCCUACCAGAACAUGCUGCGCAUCAUCAAGAAGUAUUGGUUCCAGUUCCGGGAAGACCCCCAAGUGAACUCUCCGCUGGCUCCUGGCAACAAGCUGGUCUUCUCAUCCUACCCUGGCACCCUCUUCUCCUGUGACGACUUCUACAUCGUGGGCAGCGGGCUGGUGACACUGGAGACCACCAUCGGCAACAGGAACCCGGCCCUGUGGAAGUACGUGCAGCCCAAGGACUCUGUGCUGGAGUGGGUCCGCAAUGUCGUGGCCAACCGCUUGGCCCUGGACGGGGACGCCUGGGCGGACAUCUUCCAGAAGUUCAACAGUGGCACGUACAACAACCAGUGGAUGAUCGUGGACUACAAGGCGUUUGUCCCCGGCGGGCCCAGCCCUCGGAGCAGGGUGCUCACCGUCCUGGAGCAGAUCCCGGGCAUGGUGGUGGUGGCCGAUAAGACCUCGGAGCUCUACCAGAAGACCUACUGGGCCAGCUACAACAUCCCGUACUUUGAGAGCGUGUUCAACGCCAGCGGGAUGCAGGCCCUCGUGGCCCAGUACGGGGACUGGUUCUCCUAUGACAGGAGCCCCCGGGCCCAGAUCUUCAGGCGGAACCAGUCGCUGGUGCACGACUUGGACUCCAUGAUCCGGCUUAUGCGGUACAACGACUUCCUGCACGACCCACUGUCACUGUGCAAAGCGUGCAGCCCGCAGGCCAACGCAGAGAACGCCAUCUCGGCCCGCUCCGACCUGAACCCAGCCAACGGCUCCUACCCUUUCCAGGCCCUGCAGCAGCGCUCCCACGGGGGCAUAGAUGUGAAGGUGACCAGCAUGGCCCUGGCCAAGGCCUUUCAGCUUGUGGCGGCCAGUGGCCCCACGUGGGACCAGCUGCCCCCGUUCCAGUGGAGCGCCUCGCCCUUCAGCGGCCUGCUGCACAUGGGCCAGCCCGACCUCUGGAAGUUCUCGCCCAUCGAGGUGCGGUGGGACUGAGCCUCCGUCUCGGCCCCACCGACCCCCGUGGGGCCACCACGUGCCGCUGCCCUGACCUCCCACCUGCCCGCUCCGUGGGCUUCGUCACCUGCUGUGCCCAGAUCUGGGACCCGGGUCUGAGGGUUACUCUCAUCUGGGUCGUCUCCUAGGUGGGACACGGGGCCCGCCGGGGGCCAGCACUGACUCGUUCGCUCCCCGUAAGUGGGCGAGUGCCGCCCUUGUCCCCUGCCUCUGCACCUCUCUCUCUGCCCCGUCUGCUUCUCUCUCUCCCCCGGCCUGGGGCCCUGUCCUCAUGCUGCCCUCUCCUGAGGGCUUGGGAGGGGUCCUCGGGUGGGGUUCGGGGCCCCUGCUGGGGCAGCGGGGGACUGUCUGGGUCCCUGCCUCCCAGUGUCAUUCCUGCCGGUGGCUCUGGAGCUUGUGGGGUUUCGGCCCCGAGACCUGGGCGUUGCCUCUGGUUGGCAUCCGUCCUGCCACCUCCCGCCCCUGCCCCCCUCGGGAAGCAGCCCCCUGGUUUCCCUCCUGGGCGGCUUCCCUGAGGACAGAAACUUGAAAACAAACAAAAACCAAAGUUUCUGGUGACUUGUGGCUGCGGGGGUGUGAGUGUGCCUCGUUGGCCUCGUUGGCUGCAGCCUCGUGCCCCUUGCCCCCCAACUUGGGCCUGCCCUUGGCCUCUGGGCCGUGCCCACAGCUCCCCUGCUGUAGGAACCAAAUCGCAGGCUGUGCUGCCAUUAAAUGAGAGGCCGUGGC